AGCUGUUUGCGUAGCGGAAUAUGAUAUCCCCAAGCUCCCGCCGCCGCAUCACAGCCGUCCACGAGUCCCCUUGCGUCCCACGGCGAAUCGCCAACGGUCCAGAUGCGACCGCUUCCCCCAAGGCAGGAAACCACACGCGGGAGGAGGUGAUCCCUUUCUCUCGUCGUCGCCCCUAAAUCGAUCUCGAUCGAUCGAUCAAAUUAGGUCAGAAAAUUCAAUCGAAGUUGAUUCGCGAGCUCGGACAUGGCUGGAGGCAAGAGGAGAUCGAAUUCGAGGAGAAACAGCGGCGGCGGCGGCGGCGGCGGCGGCGGCGGCGGCACUGACGGCGGAGGCAGCUUCAACCGGAGCAGCAGCAAGUCCGGCGGCGGCGGGGGCGGCGGAAGAAGAGGGAGGGGAGGAGGAUUCGGCGCCUCGGCGUCGAUCAGAGCCGGCCUCUUCGUCGAAGGCGGCCUCUUGUCGGACUGGCAGCCCAAGACCCCGUCUCCGGCCCCCCGGCGAGGAUCGAAUCAAAAUUCGGAUGCGUCGAAAGCCGGAAGCUCCGGGCGAGGUAGGGGUUCCGGUUCUAAAAGCUUGCCGCGAAGUUCGAGAUCGAAUGCCGUCGGAUACCGAUAUCCAUCUCGCGACCUUCAGUUAAAUUCUUUUACAGGAUGGUUUGCAUCCAGUAUCGACGUUCGAGAUACAAAUGGAGAGAAUAAAAUGGAUUUUUCUCAGCCUUUCAUUCUGUGUGGUUCAAAGGACAGCCAAAUUGUUGCUUAUGUAGAUGAAGGGCCAUCAUCAGUGGAUCAAGCAAAUAUCAGUUAUGAGUAUCAUUCAGAUUUUGUUCUCGGUGAUAGCUCACACAGAGGAUUGGGUUAUUGUAAUGAAUAUGAUGCAGCUCCAAUGGGAAUGGAAGCAUCAUCAGGGAAAAUGGAAAAUCAAGAAGAGUCGCAGAGUGGCAUGUCAUCGCCUGAGCAGGAAGUGGAUUAUCAUGAGAGCUUUGACUCUGGAGCAGCUCAAAAGGGGGCUCAGCUUUUGUCAAAGGAUACAUACACGAAGAAAAAUUCUGGGUUUGUGUCAAUUGGGGGAUUGAAAAUAUAUACAGAAGAUAUAUCUGAUGAGGAAGAUGGUGAGGAUGAUGUUGCAGAAUAUGGUGAUGAGGAAGACUCAGAGUCGGAGUCGGCUGAGCAGGAUGGAGCAACAGAUUCUUCUGAAAGUGAUGACUCCGAGGACAUGUCUGAUAGUGGUUCAGAUGUUGAUGAUGAAAUUGCUCGAGAUUAUUUGGAAGGAAUUGGUGGGAGCGAUUCUCUUUUAGAUGCAAAAAAUUUGUUGCAGCAGGUUUCUUCUUCGUCAGAUGAUUCAGACGAUUCUUCUAGUAGUGAUUUGGAUGAAACGAUGAAAAAAUUGGGUGGAAUUGCUCUCCAGGAUGCUUCCACGGAGUAUGGUAUGCAGAGGAAGCGUCAAUCAAAACAUCAAGGUCUUGGGAAUGUGAGAGAUAAUUGGUCAUCAGCUGUGGAUGAUUUUAUAUUGGUAAAAGAUGUGAGGACUCUUUCAGCCAAGAAGAAUCGUGGUACGAGAGUGCCUCAAUCUCAGUCAUUGGGGUCUCAGAAGAGUACAAGAUCGAGAAGAUUUCCUGGUGAAAAGAAGAAACAUCGCAAAGAAUUGAUUGCUGCUAAACGUCGGGACAGAAUGAUUCGUAGGGGCGUUGACCUUGAGAGUGUAAAUAAGAAGCUCGAGCAGAUUGUUCUCAAUGGAGUUGACAUACAUUCUUUUCAACCUAUGCAUUCUCGUGAUUGUUCCCAGGUUCAACGACUGGCAAGAAUUUAUCGGUUGCGAAGUAGCUCCCAAGGAUCGGGCAAGAAAAGAUUUGUAACGGUUGUGCGAACACCACAGACAUGCAUGCCAUCUUCAACUGAUAAACUUAUACUGGAAAAGCUCAUCGGACCUGUUGAUGAUGAUGCUGAUUUCUCAGUAAUUGAUGUCCCACAUGCGAAGAUGACCAGUGGAGGUCGAAAUCAGGUAAGACCUCAAGAAGCUAAAAAAUCUAGCAGAAGCAAGUCAUUAAAAAACUCAGUCAACCGUUCCAGUGGAAAGGUUUCAUUGGCCAGUCAACCCGUGUCUUUCGUGUCGAGUGGUGUAAUGCCAUCUGAAACAACAGAGAUCAGCCCCGUGAAUCUAGCCGGGGCCAGUGAAAAUGGUGAGGAGCACGUGAGUCUGGUCACUUCUGAGAGCUUUGGUGCGUUUGAGGUACACACUAGGGGCUUUGGGUCUAAAAUGAUGGCGAAAAUGGGAUUCAUAGAAGGCCAAGGGUUGGGGAAGGGAGGCACAGGUCUCGCGGAGCCCAUCGAAGUGAUUAAGCGUCCUAAAUCUCUUGGAUUAGGGAUGAGCAUCCCGGAGUCUGGCGAAGAACAGGAAAGGAAUAGGGAGUCAGAAUCUCAAAGCGCUAAGUCAAAGCAAAGUGGCAGAGGAGCAUCCAUGAGAAGAACGCCUCAAAGUAUCGGAGCUUUUGAAAGGCAUACCAAAGGGUUUGGAUCCAGAGUGAUGGCAAAGAUGGGAUUUGUUGAAGGUAUGGGUUUGGGAAAGGAUUCUCAGGGCAUAGUCAACCCCUUUGCCGCUGUCAGGUUCCCGAAAUCUCGAGGAUUGGGUGCCACUGGUUAGGAUAUAUCGGUCCCCAACCUCAGCAAGCAGCUGCUUAGUAAGUUAUUCUACUUUGCAGUCAAGAUUAUGAAUGUGAAUAUCCCAGUGACAAUUAUUGUAAUUCUGUCUUAACUUCGAAGGAAUUUGUUACACCAGUAUUAUGUAAUGUCAACAUAAAAGCUAGUGACAUUGGCUCAUGCACCCUUUUGUUAUAAGUUAUUGGAGGAUUUCUUUCUGUUUAA